ACAGUUCAACAUACCAGUGGAGGCAAAAAAGUAGGAAUGAAAAAUACUUACAGGAGCAAAGACAGUCAUUAAAACAAGAAAGAGCAGAAGAGAAGGCAUUUCGUAUACCAUGACUACUGUUUAGAUUAAUAGGAAGAGACCAGAUAACUGGAACAGAAAAUGGCUGCUACAGCGACCUUUAGUAUGCACAAUGCCAUCCCUGAAAAUGAAUCUUAAAAAUGGAUAUGCUCAAAACACUAAUCAAGGAAAGAGGGAGCAGGCAACUGACAGCCAGCUGAGAGGGAAGCAAAGUCUAUGCAGUAGUAACAGCCUGGAAACAGGAUAUGCUAGAAUAAGAGACCUUCAAGCAAACUCACCAGAAAUAACACUGUUCACAGACAACUGCAAAGCUGCUAGGAAGGAAGUCUACAGGUAUAACUAUCAGUCGGACAGAAAUAAGCAAAAUCUACUUCCCCCCCUCACCCCUUACAGCUUAAAAAUGCCACUUUUUGGCUGGAUGAAAUGGUCAAAAAAUGAUUCCUACAAACCCACAAGAUAUCCUGGAUCAGAGGUAGUUACAAAAACCCUACUGAGGGAACUGAAAUGGCACCUGAAAGAGCGUGAAAGAUUAGUGCAAGAGAUUGAAAAUGAACAGAAAGUCCAGAAGACUGGCAUGGAUUACAACUGGCUGAAGAACUACCAAAACCCUCAAGCAACAAUUCCAGCUACUGAGCAACGGCAGCUUGAAGUUCUGUGUUCACAAAUCCAGCCUUGCCAAACAGGAACUGUUCUCAGCAGAUUUCGUGAAGUUUUGGCAGAAAAUGAUGUUUUACCCUGGGAAAUAGUCUACAUAUUCAAGCAAGUUUUAAAAGAUUUUCUUACUACCAUUGAGAGAGAAAACCAACAAGAUCAACUGGUAGAUGCAUGGAAUACAAAUUGCUCUGAACAUUUCAGCCUGCGUGGAGACAGUUCUAACAAAUCGGACAAAGAUGAAAUCCCCACAGUCUCAAGUUAUGUCGACAAAAACACACAAAGCAUGUUCCCCACCUUCUCUCAUAGAAUCUGGAAUCUACCCUAUUACUACCCGUCAAGUUAAGUUGGUUUGUUUCUUUCAAAAAGCUAUGUAGCUGUUUGCAUUCCUUUCUUGUGAUUGCCAUCCACAAACAUAGGAAUAAGAAAUGUGACAUGCUCCCCUUUUUUCCAAGUUCAGAAAUUAAAAUCCUUGAUCAUAGCUAGUAUGCAGUAAACAAACUUUAAAUAAGAACUCUCCUUUUAUCUUUAUAGUUCCUUAAAGAUGUUGUGUUUGAAGGCACCUUUUAACCAAAACAUAAGAUGUUUCUGAAAAAACUGUUAAGCUGUUUUUUUAGCCAUAUACAGCUAGACAUAUUUAAACAAGAAAGACUGCUUUCCAUAUUUUGAAAUAGAAUCAAUCCACAAAGUGUUAGGCAAAACUUCUGUACUUGUUACAUACGUUUUAAGCUCUAUGGGAACUUAUACUGUGUAAGAUGAAUGGUUUAAUAUAAUAUCAGUUAUACCAAAUAAACUCGUAAAUACUUUUUGGAGGUGAAUAGUUAUUUCUCAAUUUCAAGAAUAAGUUCUAAAAUGAAAAAAAUGUCAGAAAUUGUAACAUGCUGCAUGUACUGUUCCUAUAUUUUUUCCAAACUUCGCUCUGCACCUCCUGAAGUACUGUGAAGGCAGACAACUAAAUGAAAACAUCAGAUAUUUAACAGCAUUUAACAACUAGCUCUCUAAUCUUCAAGAAAUUAAUGAAUUAUUUUAUUUCAAAUAGUUGUACUUUGUCAUUUGACUUACUGGAAGCUAUCCUGAAACCCAGACUCUGCAUUAAACUGAAACGUUUUGAUCAAA